CUUGCUGUGUGUCAGAUGGCCGGAAGUGGCUAAGGUAAAAGCAUACACGGUGCAGUCUCGCAUGCUUAUUGCAAUUGGUUUUUCUAGAGGGACCGACAUCAACUGCAUUCACCACCAGCACACACCCCUCAGCACCGGUGAUGCAUCCCCGCGGCAAGGGCACGGACAACUCCUCCUCAGAGUCGUCUCGACUUUAGAAUGGUGCAGAAAUCUCUCAACGGCGGGGUUUACCCAACUCAAGCCGGAGAGAAGAAGCACAAAGUCGGGUUUGUGGGUUUGGACCCGGGAGCUCCGGAAUCCAGCAGGGAUGGGGCACUGCUCAUUGCGGGCUCGGAAAGCACCAAGCGGAACAGCAUCCUCUGCAGACCGAGGUCCAGUUUCUCCGCAGGAAGACCGAGACCGUCGAAGAAAAACGCCAGCUAUCGGAGACUACAGAAUUUUCUCUACAAUGCGCUGGAAAGACCGCGGGGAUGGGCGUUCAUCUACCACGCUUAUGUCUUCCUCUUGGUGUUUUCGUGUCUUAUACUCUCAGUCUUUGCCACCAUUGAAGAGUUCACACAAAGCUCAGAGAGUGCCUUGUACAUCUUGGAAAUUGUGACCAUUGUGGUGUUUGGAGUGGAGUACAUUGUAAGGAUAUGGGCUGCUGGCUGCUGCUGUCGAUACAGAGGAUGGAGAGGGAGGCUAAAAUUUGCCAGAAAGCCUUUCUGUGUCAUAGACAUCAUGGUGCUGAUUGCCUCCGUAUCUGUCCUGUCAGCUGGAUCUCAGGGCAAUGUGUUUGCCACCUCGGCUAUCAGGAGUCUGAGAUUCCUGCAGAUCCUACGGAUGCUGCGCAUGGACCGCCGUGGAGGAACCUGGAAGCUGCUCGGAUCUGUAGUUUAUGCACACAGCAAGGAGCUCAUCACAGCGUGGUACAUAGGCUUCCUGUGCCUCAUCCUGGCCUCAUUCCUGGUCUACUCCGUGGAAAAGGAGUCAAAUAAUGAGUUUGACACGUAUGCUGAUGCUCUUUGGUGGGGACUGAUAACUCUUACCACCAUUGGUUAUGGUGAUAAAGUUCCCAAAACCUGGAAUGGACGCUUACUAGCAGCCACGUUCAGCUUGAUCGGCGUUGCCUUCUUUGCCCUUCCUGCUGGCAUCUUGGGUUCUGGCUUUGCCCUCAAAGUCGAAGAGCAGCACAGACAGAAGCAUUUUGAGAAGAGACGUAACCCCGCUGCAGGCCUCAUACAGGCUGCUUGGAGGUUUUAUGCCACCAACCUUUCCCGUACAGAUCUGGUGUGCACGUGGGAUUUUUAUGAGCAGACUGUAGCUAUUCCGAUGUACAGACUUACCCCACCUCUGAAUCAGCUGGACCUGCUGAGGAAUCUGAAGGGCAAAUCAUUCAGGAAGGAGUCACAAACAGAAACCUCUCCCAGUAAUGAAAAUGCACACAAAGACAGACUUUGCGGGUGCUGUCCGAGAGCUAUUAGUCGGAAGUCGAGUCUGAAGGACAAAGUGUUUCCCAGUCCUUCUAAGGCUCCUGUGUCCAAGGGGAAGGCCCAGUCUCCAGGUGGAGCAGAUGAUGGUGCUGAAGCAAGCCCCAGCAAGGUCACCAAGAGCUGGAGCUUCACCGACAAGAACCGAGGGGCGAAAAAUGCCUUCAAAGCUCAGGGCAGCGCCUCGCGCAAAAACUCAGAGGUGCUGAUUGAAAUGCAGGACGAAGACUUUGGACUGAAGAGUUCUCCAGCAAUUGAAGGUUUAAUAAAGGCGAGCCUUCCGGGAGAGGAAGUUGGUGAUGAUAAGAGCUGCCACUGUGAAUUCUUCACUCAAGAGUUACCACAAGGCUUCAAAGUUGCAAUCAGAGCAAUCUGCAUCAUGAGCUUCCUGGUGUCAAAGAGGAGGUUCAAAGAGAGCUUGCGACCCUACGAUGUCAUGGACGUGAUUGAGCAAUACUCCGCUGGUCACUUGGACAUGCUGUCGCGCAUUAAGAGCCUGCAGACCAGAGUUGACCAGAUAGUUGGUAAAGGUCCCAAAGGUGAAGGAGAUGCUGUGGAGGACCAGAGUAUGAUGGGACGUCUGGUCAAAGUGGAAAAGCAGGUGGUCUGCAUGGACAGGAAACUCGACUUCCUGGUUAAUGUGUAUGUGCAGCGUAUGGGUAUCCCCCGUUCCGAAACAGAGGCCUUUUUCAACUCCAGGGAGCCGUAUCCAGCCCCGCCUUACCACAGCCCCGAGGAGAGCAAAGAAGAGAAGGAGGAAAAAGAGGAGGUACAGGAGGUGAAGACAUGCUCAGCAGCUGAUGUCCCAUGCUCUGACGGGUCCUUGGAAAAGAAAGACCCUUUACUCGGUCGAUCCGUGGCGAGAUCAGUUGGUACUCCCUCUGGGAGCAACAGCCGCCCCUGUACCUCCUGGCAGCACCAGCUGCAAAACCCCAUCAGCCAGCCUGCCUGGAACAGCAGCGUGUCCAACACCCCUUCGCCAGUAGGUGGCAGCGGCGACCAUUCGCCCACCCUGUUCCGCCUCCCACCUCCACCUGCUCCAGCUCAUGACAGAUCCUCUUCGGGUCAGGGUGGCAGCGGCAGAGAGAGCGGCUCCCACAGCAAGAGGCGCAACAGGAGGCACAGGUGCCAUCGAGAGGUCACCGCAGUAGAUAGUGACACAUCCCUCACCAUCCCGUCGGUUGACCAUGAGGAGCUGGAGCGCUCGUUCAGCGGCUUCAGCAUCUCCCAAGCCAAGGAGGACUUUUUUGGGCCCUCGUUCUUUACAGGCUUAGGAGGGGGAGCCGGAGCAGGGACCGAAGCCGGAGGUGGACCUUCACUCUGUGCCAGGGUCACACCAUUGCUAGCAGAGGGCGAGUCGGACACAGACUCUGACCUCUGUGCUCCCUCGCCUCUGUCUUUCACCGGAGAGGUCUCAGAUGGAGAGAGGGGGUGGGCUGGGCUGAAGUAGAAAGGACUACUCUGCUGCCAGACCUGCUGAUUGUGACAGAGGCUGAUGCCCCGAUUGCCAACAUGACCGUAUCAUUAGACCUCAUGGCCACAGGCUUACUGUAGAUGAUGGCUGAUACAGACUAUAUUGGGUCAAGUGGGCGGUUAUGAGCAGUUGUCUUUUUGCGAUAACAGUAAAAACGAGUUCUCACAAAAACAACGGGAUUAUCCUUUAUUAACGUUUAAGUUUGUAAUGUAACACUUCACUGGCAAUGCUUGAUUACGGUUACUUUUGUAUCCACUCAGAAUUUGAUUAAAUAGCUGUUUGGGAAACCUUUCUUUAACUUAGACAAGAAGCCUUUUCGUUAUGGUACUUAGUUAGUGAGACGACACUUACACAGUGUGGAUUUGUAUGAAACAAUAAAGAGAACUGCCAUUUUGGUUCCUCUCAUGAGACGUAUGAGUAGCAUUUCAGCACGUCUUCUGUUAAACACUGACCACUUUAACAUUCAAAAGCUUGCUGGAGUUUGUAACGCGAGACUGUUGAAAUCUUAUCACGUGGUUAACGUAGUGUCUUGAUAACUUCUAUACCUUAGGAUGUCUUGAGGUGUUAUGUUGCCAAAACCUUAGCUAUGAUGAUCAGUUAGAUUCUUGCUGAUUUAAAAAAAGAAAAGAAAAAAUGCUUCAUUAUUAAUUCAGCCUGGCAUUUAUGUAAUACUAUGGAAGAACUCCCUUUAAAGUAAUACUGAAUACUUCUGUAAGGAUACACUAAGGAACCACCUGCAUGGCAUGAUAAAUGAUUGAUUUAAGGACUGUGUUAAGUAGGCUGCAAAAACCAAACAGUGACAAACAGUCAAACUGUGUUUUUCUUCUAUACAGUAAGAGAGAGUGGUGAAUUUAAAAAAAAAAAGUGCAUGCAUGACUGGUUUCAAGCUAUGUUUUAAUUUUUCUAAGGAGCUUUGCUUGAAUUCCAAUCAUGUAAAUGCAGCCUGAGCUUGCUAAUUUCAACAGCUCUUCUUUUCUGGGUAAAUAUGUUCAUAACAUUCUAUACACAUAAAAUACAAGACCAGAUGUUUAAUGCUGCACAGGUAUGGGAACAGGAAAGGCAUUUGCUUGUACAUUUUGUAUUGUUAUCACAAGGCAUGCAGUGUUGAAGCUGGAUUGAGUGCACGUGAAACUUUCUCACUUGUUACUGACAUGACGGUAUUUAGCCUGCAGUGCAUUGAACUUUCAUUUAGAUUCUCUGAUGCUACGUCAGUUUCAGACUAAAUGAGGAAAUGCAAUAAAAAGCAAGCAACGCAAUCAAGAACUCAUCCUUUAAAAUUGUUGCCUUAUUUCCACACCGAAAUUUUAGAGGUCCACAAAUCAACAAUUUCAUUUUUAACAUUUUAUAACGGUAGUGUACUUAAAUUGUUAUGGGAGGUUCUUUGGCCUGAGAGCAGAUGUUUCAGGUUGCACAUUUAGCCAUUAAUAAUGCUAACCUUUGAAGCAUGAACAGUUCUUGUUAAAAUUAACCAAUGCCAACAUUUUAACAUUUACAUUAUAACCAAGGAAGUGUAAUUCAAUAGAGACUGUUAAUACGCGGUCCAUAUUUUUCAGCAAAAUCAGGAAGCAACUUGCUGGCAUGAUUUUUACAACCCAUUGAAAAGACAUGUAGGGUUUUACAUGAUACCGUAGAUCAGCACCAUUGUGUAACUGCACCUUUGUCUUGUUCAAAAAUAAAACUUUGUGCAUCACUAAAAA